AAAUACGUAUUCAAAAUGGAAAUGACGUGUGAAGGUUGUUCGAAUGCUGCCAAACGAGUUCUUGGAAGAAUUGGAGUGGAUGAUGUUGUUGCUGAUCUGAAAGAGCAGAAAUUGUUUGUCACCACUGAUAAAUCAUCUAAAGAAGUCCUUGAAACUUUACAAAAAACUGGAAAAAAAGUUGAAAUGAUGAAUUAG